AUGGGCUUAACAAAAAUUGUGGUUUUUUUAAUAAUAACCGCCAUAACUUUUUGGCUAUUCAGCUAUAUUUUAAUAGACUCCAAAAAAGAACCAACAUCUUUGGAUUUACAAGCAUGGGUUGGUGAUACCCGCAAAGAGGGAGAAACUGCAUUGUACCGUAAUCUGUCAACUCCCUUUUCAACUUCUCUCCUAAAUGGUUUGAAUCUAAGAGUCAAGGACAAACCUUAUCAAUAUAGAAGAGGAAAUUUUGCAGAUGUUUGGCAAUGUUGUAUGGAUUUGUACUAUGACACAGAUACUAAAGACAUCAAUAAAAAGGGUGAAAAUUAUAUCACGUUUGAGCAACAACAUCAACACGGGGGACAAUUAAAAAAAUCAUUAGAAACGAUUGAUUUAGAUACAAUGAAUGUUUUUAAAUUUUUCCAGUCGUAUUUUGAAGGAAUCAAGGGUGAUAGUAAUAAUCAAAAAAAAUUGGUUAUUGGUAUUACCAUACCAGUUUAUAAAUAUUACGGUUUUAUUGUUGCUGUUGGGUCUUUCAUAAGUUCGUUGCUAUUAAAUAUGGAAGAAAAAAGAAAUAUUUUAGAAAUUAGGUUUUUAAGUUCUCCACCCCGUAAGGAUGAAAAUAUUGAUGUCAUUUUUGUAGAUACAUGGAGCAAUGUAGGCAAAAUGAAACAAAGUUUGGAAUGGUAUAAAUUGCUGGUGGUUGGUGAUUCAUGCGCCAAUGAUCCUGAAAGUUUUUCUGACAAAAAUAUCAUUUCAAUUGAUGAUAUACUACAAACACAAAAUUCCACAAGGUUUAAAUACGUCCAACCGCAAAAUUAUAAAUUGCAUGAUGAUGAUAUUUUAUUUAAGUAUGAAAAUAACACUGUUUUCACCCAGAUGAACUUGGUAAGUGCUAUUUCAUCGUACGUUGUAUCUUUUCCACAGGAUCAUCAACUUAGUUCUAAAGAUGUAGUUCAGUUUAUCUUUGAUGAAGAUAAUAGUAAUGAUUUGAAACAUUCUUUUAUUCAAAUUUGGCCAAAAUUACUAGCCGUUUUAAUGCAUGGUGGAUCUGUCAUUUUUACAAGCACUCGUUUCAAAAUUGAGCCACAAACCACCUUAUUGGUGCUCGGUGUAGAAUCAUAUAAAACUAAAUUAUUAUCUUUGAUAGAUAAAAUGAAUAUUAUUCAAUCUUUGAGAUUUAUGUGGGCUUCUAAUUUUUUUAGUGAAGGUGUUUUCAGUAAAUCCGGCAGUAUGUUGCCUAAAAAUGGGAAUUUUCAAUUGAGGUGUAUUUAUAUGGCAAUUAACGUUCAUAAUUCCGAUAAAUGCAAUGAUUUUGACGACACUGACUUUAUAUCUUCGAUUAAAGACGGCGAAGUGCCCGUAGACAAAAAUCAAAUUCAUAUAACUUCUUUAGAUAUGACUAGAAUAAGGGCUCUAUUUGGCAGUAGACUAGUUUUGGAAACAUUUGUUGGUACUUUAAUUUUGGGUCCUGUAUUCCAAAGCAAUUAUUAUGACUAUAGAAUUUUCCCUCCGGGUGUGGAAGAUAAAUUACAGUUUUGUGGUGUUAUAACUUCAUCAUUAGAGGCCAAGUUAAUUGAAUUUGAGGGAAAUGACGAUGAUAAAAGCUCUGAAAAGCUUUUUAAAGCUGAAAAAAGACAAGGAUUGUUGUUGGUUCGUGGAUAUACUAUUGGGAAACCAUGCUCUGAAGUAUUACUUCAACGAGCCUUGAAAUUGAGUGAAAAAUUUGAUCCUAGCAGAGACGCAUGGAUGCCAUUGGUUGGUGUAGUCGGCGUUUGGGGUAAAGAUCAAUGUUUCUAUGAGUUUUGA